AUGAAGGCAUUUUUUGGACCUUUGCCAUUUAUCUUUGGUCUCUCUGGGGGUGUUUCCGCCCAGCCAACGCGUCAAUGCGGUACCUGCGGCAUACGGGACACAUCCCACUACCAUGACAACGCGGGAGUACUUAAUUACGUCAAUCCUCUCAUCGGCACAUACGGUGUAUCCCCAAACAGCAAUGGCGGAAUGAUUCCUUCAGUCUCCCCUCCUUUUGGGAUGACAAGAUGGACACCACAGACGCGUGAAAAUUAUAUCUCCCAAUGUCCCUAUGGUGAUAGCGACCGUCUCAUUCAUGGAUUCCAAGCUACACAUCAGCCGGCUAUCUGGAUGGGUGAGGCGGGUCAGGUUGUUUUGACACCAGGGAUGGGUGAAGUCCAGCCGCUAUUUGUCAAUCGCGGACUUGCGUUCCGAAAAAAUGAUGAGAAAAGUACACCUUACGUUUACGAGGUGGUUCUAGAUGCGAUGCAACUUCUGGGUCGGGAUUGGAAUGCUACGGCUGAGUACGCGCACGAUGGUCCUGAUCCCGGUGGUGCUGGUACUGUGGCCAAAGAUGUUGAAGAGGGUGCGAACGGUCGGACAAGAAAAAGGAGCGACAGGCAGAUAGGCAUGUCCUCCGGCACGGAGGCGCGGGAAGAUUAUCAGCGGUCGAUUCGGGUCGCUAUGUCUGCUGAUUCUCACGCUGGACAUCUUCGAUUCGACUUUGAGGAUUGCACUAGUGCGGCAGAGAAGUUGGAGCCUUGGGUAUUCAUUGAAGCUUCUCGUCGCAAUUGGACUGGUGAGGUUCACAUUGAUCCUGCAACAAGGGAGAUCUACGGCUACAACACGGAAAGACAGGACUAUCUGCUUGGUCCAGACCAUGCAUCGUCAUUCAAGGGAUACUUUGUCUCUCGAUUUUCAGAGCCCUUCACGAAAAGUGGUGUCACCGAGGGAAACACCACUUUCGAAGGCGAAAUGAACAGGACUGGAAAGUUUACUGGUGCCUUCGUGAAGUUCAACCAAAAUGUCACAGCCGUGGAGGUUCGAACGGGUGUCUCAUACGUCAGUGUCGAGCAGGCGCGUCGCAACUUGGGAAUCGAGACGCCCAAUAACGCCUCAUUCGAAGAUACUGUUGAACACACUAAGGACGCAUGGCUCGAGAAGCUAGGACGUGUGACAAUCGAAGGUGUCAACAAUACGGAUGCAGACCAUGAUCCGCGUAAAAUCUUCUAUACAGGGUUGUUUCAUGCAUUGCAGUAUCCUAGCGACUUCUCUGAACCGGUCUCUGAGGAUGGCAAGUUACGUACCUUUUAUUCCGGAUAUACGGACAGCAUUCACACAUCCAAUGACUCCUACUACCAGUCCUGGUCUAUUUGGGAUACUUAUCGAGCCGAACACUCUUUGCUCACUCUAUUUGCGCCAGAACGCGUCAAUGGCAUGAUGCGGUCACUACUAAAAGUCUUUGACUGGUCUGGCUGGCUACCCAUGUGGGCCAAUAUAAUCGAAACCAACAUCAUGGUUGCGACAAACGCAGAUGUUGUACUUGCCAACGCAUUGGAGCGUGGAUUCCGCGACUUCGAUAUUGCCAAGGCCUGGGCUGCAGUCAAAAAGGAUGCGUACACGCCACCAAUUCAUGACGUAGAGACGCUUUACUAUGAUCGUGAGCCUAACACUUCAUAUGAGGUGAGGGCUGGACUGACCGCCUAUAUGAAGCAAGGAUGGGUAUCCAAUGAUGGCUGGUCAGAAUCUGGAAGCCGGACUUUGGACUAUGCGUAUGACGAUUACGCAUGUUCUAUCGUGGGCGUUCAUGCCGUGGCCGAUAACGACACAAUUACUGCCCUCCGUGCUCGAAGCGGAAAUUAUGCAAACAUCUGGAACAACGAAACACAGUUUAUGCAGGCACGCAACAAAAAUGGGACCUGGGCGAACAAUACAUGGGGCUGGACUGAAGGUGAUGACUGGGUCUACACAUUCGACGUCAUGCAUGAUAUUGAGGGCUUGUCUAAGCUUUUCGGUGGUCGGGAAGCCAUGCGUGAUAGACUGGAUAUAUACUUCCAGGACGGACACAACGACCAGACCAACGAGCCGAGUCACCAUGUUCCUUACAUCUACUCCGUUCUUGGCUAUCCCGACCGAUCUGCGGAGACAAUCCCGAGCAUCGCUUGGGAGAACUAUAAUGCUACAAGUGGUGGACUCAGUGGUAACGAUGACCUAGGUCAGAUGAGUACAUGGUAUAUCUUCUCAGCACUCGGAUUCUAUUCAGUCAACCCGGCAAGCGCUGAAUAUGUUGUUUCCACGCCAUUCUUCGAAAAGACUACCAUCCGCUGGCCAGCUGAAGCUGCUACCGGUGGUGAGGCCACACCCGGGCCAGACAAAACUCUUGUCAUCAAUGCUCCUGGGGCACUCAACAAGCCAUACAUCAAGGGCUUGAAAAUAGCCGGAAAAGAGGUGGAUCUGCCGAGAUUAACACAUGCCGACAUUUUGAAUGCCGGAACAAUUGACUUUGAAAUGAGUGACACUCCUACUUCCUGGGGAACCACCCCUGCGUGGGAGAAAUGA